AAUUACCAACGGAAGAAUAUAAACAAACAGAAGAUGAAUCAGUUUUUAUCGCUAAAUCGGCACUAGUUUCACAGUCGAUUUUCAGCUUUCGGAUACUCUUGGUCACCUAUAACAACAGCUUUCUCCUUUUUUAUCUCGCUAAUUUGUUCCAGUUCUUUCGUCGAUGCUAUUGGAGUGGCAUGUUCAUUAUGUGAAAGUGCUUUGGCAGCGUAAUUAAUAGCAAGCCGCCUACAACAAGCUUUUAAAAAUUUGAAUUUAUGUCCUAUUAAAUCAGGUCAUAAGGCAGCGAAGGACAGUGACUGGCGCGUGAGAAGAACAUUUUUUUGUCAACAAUUUCCGGCCAGCGAAUCAGACGAUUCAUAGAUGGAAUUUUCAGGUUUGAAACGUAAGAAGGGAUGACUGUUUCGCUAAGUCUGCGAUCUGAAAGAGACCAUAUUGAGCUGCUCGUUUCACAUUACGAAAGAUACUUUGCAGCUGACGAGUAUAUAACAGGCAGCAUUCACAUUUCUGCAUAUGACUCUAGUUCCGUCACUGGUUUUUGACCUUCAUCGAUUCUCUUCAGUAAACACAUUUGUUUAUGAGAGAGCGAUCAACGUCGAAGCAGCGAUUCUCGAAUGGAUGUAACAGUGGUUUUGUUUCCGCUGUGGGUGCUUCAGUUUUUGGUCAUACACCCAACGAUUAGUUUUGAGAAGAGCAGCGUUAACCGCAGCUGGCUGUCUGACGGAUUGGCCUUGACAAAACUAGAUCGGUUAGAUUUUCAAUUCGUUAUACCCCGGUUAAAAUACAUCAAAUCCGCCGGAAAAACCAAGAACUGGAAUCGACGAGAUUUGGAUGAAGCAAAUCAAAGAGUAAGUACUUCAGAGCUGAUCUUUACAAACUAUAGAUUUGAAGGUAAUAGAUAGACCUUGCCUACUUUAUGCCAUUAAGCACGAUCUGAAUCACGUUCGUUAAUCCUGUUUACACCCCCGGGCUGGUUUAUGGGGGGUUACUUCAACCUAGGAAACCAGACGAGAAUUCCGUUCACGAUGUUCACGUUUUCAUUUAGGAUUCGCGAGAAGUAUUAGUUUUGUUCGGUCGUCACAAGUAUAAUAUCCCUCGUCAGCGAAAACAAUAAUAUUUACUCUGCAACUUGUGAAUACAACUGAGAUCCAUCCACGCGAUUUAUGAGUUUCGCCGGCCCCUGGAACCCUCCUGAAAGCUGUGGAAAACUGAAUAAAAUUGCAAAUGGAAUUUUGCAAAAGUUUGAUGUUACUUUGAAUACGAAUUCCUUAAUUAUAAUUUUGUUCUGUGUAAACAAAAACCUUUUUUUUACAUACAAAAGGAAGGGAUGAAACAUGAAUUGAACCGGUAUAUGGAGUAGCCAAAGAGUGCUAUAAAAUAUUCAUAAUACGAUUGGCCAAGCGUUUUAUUUAACCGGAUGUAAUUCUCUGACACUUGCUAGUCGCUGAAAGAACAGAAAUGACACAUCAAAGAGUUUUAUUGUUUGUUUUCGUGAAUUUAGUCACAUUUAACAUGUUUACUUUCAUUAAGCAAAGUACAUGAGCGAAAGAGUAAUUUGCAAAAACAGAACGGACUAACUGGUAGGGAUGCAAUUUAUAACUCUAGCACUCAGCUGGAGGUCUUAAUAGUUAUAAAAUAGAUUUGUUUACAUUAUGCAUCGUCUAAGAACGAGCUUAAGUCUGUGUAAAUAACCCGAUCCAUUCAGCGUUUAAUAGUUACAGGGAAUGCUGUAGGCUAGUACACUAAGUAUGCUUGGUUAAAUAACUAAAAGUCUUUUCUUAUAGGGUAUGAUUGGUACGAAGUGAUUUUAAGACCAUCGAAAUAUAAAUAUUUUUAUAACCGCAAGUGGAAUUAGUGUUUCCGAAAAUUAUUGAGCUACGAUAUUAUUUUCAGCACUUGAGACAGCCAAUAAGAGAGCGGCGGUUUUCUUAGUAAGAUCAUUAAGCGAUUUUUUUUUUUUGCGAAGAGUGGAAAAAGACAUAUUACGAACUAAAAUAUAAAUCCAUCAAAAAGUAAGGAAAACACAUUAUGUGAGCUUUUAUUUGCAUCAGUCACGCUUUACGUUGGGUUUCAUGGGUGAAUAGUCCCUUAUAAGAAGUUUACAAGAGAAGUACUGUCUUGAACGGUCACGCUACAUCUCUACAUCAUUUCAUAACUGAUUUCAUCCAUAGACGCAAACGGUUUUAUACACAGCAUAAAAAAAACAAUACCACAAUUAAGCCCCACCAUCAUCAGAAACUACUGCUCAGUAUUGAAAAAGUAGCUUUUAUUUGAAUAGUCACGCUUCGGGAUUUCACACAUACUCCAUAAAGCUAUCUAUCUAGUUUUAGAAACACCUUCUGUGGCGUAAUCAGUAACAAACAGCACCACAGGAAAAAUACAAUUAGGCUUAAUGUAGAAGCCCCUUGUACAUCAAAAUAAACAGCACGGUUUGGCACUGACAGUUUUUAUAGGUUUUUAAAAGUUACUUUUAGUCUUAAAACCGCAAUUCUGUGCUUUAACUGUCAUAACCCCUAGCUACAGAACUGGGUCCAGUUGUUCGAAGGCCGAUUAGAGCUCAACCCAGGGUUAAAUUUAACCCUGGUUUCCUUUUCUUGUGUUCAAAAGCAUUUUCUCGGAUAAUUUUCUCUGUUAUUUUAAGAGCUCUCAAUCAUCAACUUGUAGACAAAAAUAAUUAAAACUGAAAUGCCUUUUAACCUUUCAAAUCUGAAUUCAAAUCUCCUAGCUUUUAACAACUCGGCCCUGACUUCUAUAUUAAAAAAUGAUAGUCACUAAUGCAACGUUAUGUUUCCUAGCGUAGACACUAGGGAAACUUUUCACUUAUGCUUUUCAUAAACAACAUGUUUCAAGUGUUCUUUCAUCUUUCAUUAAGUAGUUUUGCUUGUUAUUUCUCUUUUUAUUUGACUCAACUAAUCAUUACUACUGGGUCUGGCUAUCAGGCAUUUAAACCACAGUGCUGGUUUUUUUUAAAACACAUCUCAGGGUAUCUGGUAAGUGAGUGAGCCACACCUUAGCCUCAGUAUGGGUACUGCUGCGCACGUCGAUUUCCGCGUCGCGCGUUUCUCAUCAAAUCGUCGGCUUUUAGGCGAAAUCGUCACAUAUCAAGAGUUGUUUUGCGUGGUAGCGCUACUCACACAGUAAUUUUUAGGGAGUUGUUAUAACUCCAAAAAUGUAGAAAAAAUUUUAGGUUCAGCCAUGGGCUCCUGGUUCAGGAUAACCCCUUUUUGGGGGGCUUUAUUCCUAAUUUAUCUCCAAAUUUGGGGUCAUUUUUACUCUGAAAAAAAGUCCUUUUUACUACCAGUCCGAAAAUGGGGUUAUUUUUACUCCUUACAUGGGUUGAUUUUACUCUUUUUGGAGUUACUUUAACUCUGCACAUGCAUUUCUGUAACUCAGUCAGCAACCAAUAAGCUUUUUGAAAACGGCGGCAGCUUACUUUUUGAAUCAAUGUCAGCAGGAGCCCAUCAGCUAAAUUUGUGAAUUAUUCUUUAUUUUCCAGAGCGAAGCGUCGAGUAUAAAAGUACAGAUAACAUUUACAGCCUUUCAACGAAAAUUUAAGCUGGACUUGUAUCAAAACCGCGGGCUUUUUACUUCGCAUUACAUGGAAAAAGAAGAACGCUUUAACGAGGGCGCCAAUUACUGCUUUUACCACGGUACCGUCAGGGGUAGCGAAAGGUCGAAGGUGUCCUUAAGUACUUGUGAUGGAAUUGAAGGCCUGAUUUACGAUGGGCACAUAUCUUACUAUAUAGAACCACACGGGGACUUGUCAGACAGCCAAAUCCAUUUGUAUUACAGAAUCAAAGAUCUCAAUGUCAGUGAAUUUGAUUUAACUGAACAAAGCUUAAAAAAGGAUGAGUUAGAAGUGAUAAAUAGCCAAUGGCAACUUUACAAUAGUUCGUCCAGAUUUAAAGCUCAUAAAAGAGUUCGUCGAGAUGUCUUCACCGAAACAAAGUAUGUUGAGAUAGUUGUAAUUAAUGAUCACAAGCAGUUUGAAGCUUCUGGUAAAAACCUUACUAAAACCAAUUUGCGCGCCAAGCAGAUAGUCAACAUGGUGGAUGCGAUGUUCAGACCCCUUAAUGUGCGUGUUACGUUAGUUGCCAUAGAAACCUGGGACGUGGCGGACAUGGUAAAGGCGGACGAAGAUGCGGAUACAUAUUUGUCAAACUUGAUAAAAUACAGAAAAAGAAAACUACGUGAAAAGCAUCCGAAUGAUGUUGGGAUGCUUUUGACGGGUGUUAAGCUGAAGGAUUCUGUGCGAGGCAAAGCACAGGUUAUGUCCAUUUGCUCACGGAAGUCGGCGGGUGUGAUUCGUGAUUACAAUAUCAAUGCCGCGUUUACGGCCAACACGUUUGCGCAUGAGCUUGGGCACAUUUUCGGCAUGUAUCACGAUGAGGAUUUACCUCAUUGCGUGUGUGGAGCGACCAACUCGCUUAGUGGGUGCGUUAUGAGCGCGCGAGUGGGUCCCGAGCCAGCCACGAUCUUCAGCAACUGUAGCGUGAAAGGGCUUAACGAGGGAUUGUCCCGAGGACUUGGCACAUGCCUCUUCAACGUCCCAGACACCUUAUUUGGAGGUCCAGUGUGCGGGGAUGGCAUCCUAGCACCCGGCGAGGAAUGUGAUUGUGGAACCGCGCAAGAAUGCUUAGAGAAAGGGGACAUUUGUUGUGACCAUGUGACCUGCAAACUGAACGCACAUGCGCAAUGUGCUAAUGGCGCCUGCUGUGAAGACUGCAAAUUUAAAAAGAGGGGAGCGAUUUGCCGAGAGAAAGUGAAUGAAUGCGACAUCCCGGAAACUUGUACUGGAUCUUCGGGAAUUUGUUCUGAGGAUCUGUACGUGCAUAAUGGCUACCCUUGUGCUAAAAAUACAGCCUACUGUUUUCUUGGAGAAUGUCAGACCCAUGAAAAGCAAUGUCGGGACCUAUGGGGUAGUGAUACCUUACCAGGCCCAGAUAAAUGUUAUCGAUAUCACAACACUCGUGCCGAUAAGUUUGGCCAUUGCCGGAAGACGAGGAGAGGAAAAUACCGACCAUGCAAGCUUCAGGACGCGAAAUGCGGCAAAUUAUGGUGUCUCGCAACUGGUAAGCGACCUGUCAUAGGAAUUCAACGAGAUGUGUUGAGUUCAUUUUGGCCCUUGGGCAAUGAAACAAUCACUUGUAAAGGAACCAGCUUAAAGAUGGGUCUUGACGUGCCUGAGGCUGCGAUGACACUCGAGGGAACCAAAUGCGGUGACGGAAAACUUUGUUUGAACCGAAGAUGCGUGUCCGUGGACGUGCUUCUAAAAAAGACAACUCGAUGUCCUAAGAACUGCUCGGGACACGGCUUGUGUAACAAUGUCGGUAAAUGUCACUGCUUCGAUCCGUGGGCUGGAGUUUCUUGUAACGAAAAGUUACCUGGAAAACCGAGAUCCAAGACAACGGAAGCUAUUAAAACAAUGCUGUCUAUCACGAUGAAGCCGCACACGGAUAAGACAGAAAUUGCAACUACGGGAAUUUCAAUUCCAGCCGAUACCAUGGGUUUCGUGGAUGCCAAGGUUGUUUAUAGCGUAGUUUCAGUAAUUCUCAUUGCUCUGGCCGUUGUUCUCAUAGUGACUUUAUGUUAUUAUAAAAAAUGCUUCCAGUAUCGUAAAUUCGUGCCGCAGAAAAAAAGCAAGAAAGCAAAGUUUUCACCGAAAACAAAGGUUAUAAUUAUAGAAUAA